CAUUUAUGGUUCAUGAUGUCUGCAGCAGAGUUCUGUUGUGUUUCUGCUUCUUCUCUGUGGAUUUCUGCAUGUGUGUGGUUCUGGUUCUGUUCACAUGUUGAAGGUGAACCAAUCAUUGCUGCUCCUGGUGAUGAUGUCAUCCUGCCGUGCCGCCUGGACUCUCAGGAGGAUCUGCGUGGUUUCUCAGUGGAGUGGAUCAAAGUGGACAUGAAGCCUGAUCCACAGGGCCGCAUCCCUUUUGUGUAUCUGUACUGGAACGGACAGACCAUGACCAAAUUCAUGAUACCGUCGUUGAUCCUGAGAGUGUCUCUGGACCAAGACGGACUCAAACGAGGAGACGUGACGUUAAAGAUCAGGAACGUGUCGCUCCAGGAUGAGGGGAAGUACAGCUGCUUCAUUCCUGGGAAGAACUUCAGGGAGACGGUUCAGCUGGUUGUUGAGCCAAACGGAGUCAGAGCUCCAACCAUGGAAACAUCCCAGGUUGACAUCAUCUCCACUCCAGAUCCAGGAGGAGACCGGAUCUGGAUCAGUCGCUCCAGACCGGCUCUCUGGAUCCUUCUUGGACUUUUUCCCUCAGUGAUCCUCUCUGCUGUUUGUGUUUGUGUCUGUCAGAGGAAACAACCAGAAGGUCAGAAUCCUCCUCUGGUCUGAAGACAUCCCAUCUCUCCAAAGCUGCUUUGAUCGUCUUCAAGGAUGGAAGAGACUUUCUGAAGCUGCAGCCACAUGGAGACGCUACACGCCCGUCACCGCUGUGUUACCGUGGAUGGAAACUGGUCCAUGAAGACGUGAUGAUGCUCUGGUUCUGACCCGUUUCUGCCUGAUGGUUGGAACUCCUUCAUUUAUCUGGAGAACCUUCUGGAGCUGUUUCUGCGGUUCUCAACUCCUGAACUCUGAAGGUGUGCUGGAUCACCGUAAAGUCUGAAGGUCUGAGGUUUAGGACGAUGUUUGUGGAUCUCAGUGGUUUGAAGUGUUGAUCCAGGUUGAUCUGAAGUGUUGAGAGUUUGUUUCAUGUUCUCCUUCAGGAACCGACCCACAGCAGGUCUGUUCAGGUUCCUGUGGUUCUUGGUGUUCUUCUAGACAACAUCAAAGGUGUCUGUGAGCUAAAAUGUUGGAAGUUCUACCAGAACAAAGUGAAAUGAACACAGACAGACAGUUGAAACCUGAGAGUCUCAGGGUUUUUUCAAACUGAAAGUGACCUCAAGAGGUCGUGACAUAAAGGGGAGAGAACCCGUCCCUGAUAUUUAUUAUAGUAGGAAGGAUUUUGAUGACUUGCUUUGCUGUGAUUUCCUAAGAAGCUGCUCUGAUAUUCAGAAUGUUAUUUUCUGCAACAAAUAAAUGCAAACUGCACAAUU